UCCUACAGCGGAUCAACUUCAGGAGAAGAGAUCGAUAUUGAAAAUCGAGCUACAGGAACCCCUCGUGAACGAUUUUUCCGACCUGGCUGCCGCCAGGUUAACUCGCUUGGCUUUAAUCAAUUUUGCGUGCGAUCUAUUCGUCAGGCUUCCUUUGGUCGCCAUGAGAUUGAGAUUGCCGAACAGGGUUAGAUUGACAUUUGUCUAUAAAUAA